GACAUGAGGAAAUCAUAAUUCUGACGAGGCACAUGAACACUGUGAAGGGCUUCAGUCUAUUUUUGGAAUGCAAUCAUAUCAAGACCUCAUUUUGCAAGUAACCGGAGCCAAGGCUUUACGCACAGGUGCCAAAAUACAAACCCUUUGGAGUGGCUAUGGCGAAAUAGUGAGAAUUAAUUUGGAAAACUGUGUCCGUCCAUCAGUAGUCGUCAAACAUGUCAAGUUUCCACAGGAGUCUGCACAUCCAGGUGGAUGGAACACCGACAGAUCUCACCAGCGAAAGGUGCGGUCAUACCAGGUGGAAACCCAUUGGUACCAAAACUAUUCCACCAAUGAUCGUUGCCGUGUUCCCGUUUGUCUUGCGGCUAGAUCAUUUGGGGAUGAGCAGGUGAUUGUUUUGGAGGAUUUGGAUGUGGCGGGAUUUCAUCAGCGAAGGACUAAUGUGAACGCUGAUGAGAUCAAUGCUUGCCUCAGUUGGCUCGCUAAUUUCCAUGCCCUCUUCCUGGGAGUUGAACCUAGAGGAUUAUGGCCCAUAGGUACAUACUGGCAUCUGGAGACCCGCCCCGAUGAGCUGGAGGCCAUGUCAGACCAACAGCUGAAAAACGCAGCCGGGGAAAUAGACAAGAUACUAAACAGCUGCCGCUUUAAAACCAUUGUGCAUGGGGAUGCUAAACUGGCCAACUUCUGUUUUUCCGGGACAGGAAAUGGGGUGGCAGCGGUGGACUUUCAGUACGUGGGGGGUGGCUGUGGGAUGAAGGAUGUGAUUUAUUUCUUCGGCAGUUGUAUGAAUGAGAAACAGUGCGAGAAGAGGGCUCCAGACCUGCUGGACUACUAUUUCUCUGAACUAAGGGCAGCUGUUGUGGAGGAGCAAGUGAAUUUCAAAGAUCUGGAAACGGAGUGGAGGGAGAUGUUUGCGUUUGCAUGGACCGACUUUCAUCGUUUCCUGCUCGGAUGGAUGCCAGAGCAUCAAAAGAUUAAUAGGUACAGCAGGAAGCUUACUCAAGAUGUGCUAAGUAAGCUGAAGCAAAAGCACUUAAAAUGAGGCUUUUGGUCACACAUUGCAAAUGGGAACACUAAUAUUAAGGACAAGGAUUAUUUUAUGUGAUCAUUAUUCCAUGUGUUGCCUCUUCAUUUGGGCUAAAAAGGAAAUAUGUUUUCUCUCAUGAAUGAUACAAAUCUCAGGCCUGGAGCAAAAUGCCCAUCUCCAUUGCACAUUCAAGUAUCAAUCUAUACCAAUGUUUGUCCAGCACUGAUAUUGCUACAACACAGAUGGCCAGAUAGUUCUUUUCUAUGCAUUGCAUGCAUUCUCUCUUUUCUAUUGUUAUGUGUUUAUGGGCAUGAAAAAUAUGGGCAAGUGUUCCAGUUUAGAUUUAUUGCAUUGCAGUCCAAAAGUCCAGAGGUUUGUUAAUGGUGUUCGAUGCUCUCUUUGCAUUUCUUUCCUGCCUGGAUGUCUGAAAUGGCCAAAGCGGUAUAUUCAGAGUUCCAGACAUGUGGACUGUGGGCACUAUGACAUACAACUAUUUCUAUCUCAUGCUGAUGAAAUGUGUAUAUGCUGCGUCACCUGUAGAACAAAAAAGAAAGUGUAUAACACAUGAGUACAAUGUGAUGAGACAUAAUAAACAUCUAUGAUCUA